AUGGCAACAAUGCAUCAUUGUUCAUUACGUUCAUGUCUACUUGUUGAACGUGCACUUGUACGUUUAUUGAAUACUGUUUGUGCAAUAUUAUCAACACAAUUUAAACAUGAACUUGUACAAAAUAAUUCUACAACUUCAUCUUAUCCACUUCAUCAUGAAUAUUAUAGCGAUAACAAAAAUAAUGAUGCUUUACUUUUAUUUCGACGUAUGUGUAUGGGUGUAGUGGAUUUAAAUCAAAUUGAUACUAGUUUAACAUCUGAUUUACAGCAUACUACUAGUACUACUACUACUACUACUGAUAAUAAUAAUAAUAAUAAUGAUUCAAAUAAUUUUAAUUGGGAACGAUGUAAUUCAACUACAAGUGCGGGAUUGAUUUCAUCAUUGAAAGUAAUGGAUUCUAUUGAUUGGGCAAUGUGUUUCGAAUCGAGUAAAUUCGAUAUAGACAAUGAAUUUCAUCGUAUUAAUAAUAAUAAUAAUAAUAAUAACAAUAAUGUAUUCCAAUCUGAUUUUGAUGAAUCACCUUUAUAUGAUACAAAUAACAAUAAUAAUAAUAAUAAAUUGGCAACUAUCGAUUCUAUUUGUGAUCUAUUAGCACCGUAUAUUUUUAGAGAUGGAGAUUUAGGCUGGCAAGCUAGAGAUUCACUUUUAUUGAUUGCAGCCUAUUCACUAAGAGAUGAAGAGUUUAGUUAUAGUAUUGCUAAAUAUUCAUCAAUUUGUGCAGUAAUUGCUACUGGUUUAGGAAUAUUGUAUACAGCUUUACCAUAUCGUUUAGUAAAUAAUAAUUCACCAGAAACUUGGCCAAUACUUAUUCGUACAUUGAAUACAAAUCAAUUAGCCAGUGCACAUUUCAAUGAAUUUUUAAAUGCAUUGGAUUUUUGUCGUUCAUUACUUGAGAUUGCUCAUCCCCUGAUACAAUCGUGUCUCUUACACUGUAUACAUACUAUCUUCUUUGUUUCUAUCAUUGGACCAGCUUUAACGCAGAAGGCUCCUGAAGAUGUGAUCACAGCUACUGUUUAUCUAGAACAAUUUAUCAUUCAUACUGUAGGCUCUUCAUUACUUCCUAUACUAUUACGAUUUCUAUUGAUGAAACUACCGUCUACCACUAUAGUUGAUGCCGAUGCACACAUUAAUCAGACAACAACAACUUCAACAACAAUAAAUAAAGAAAUUAAUCCUACUGGUUCUUGUCAAGCAUCUCCGACUGACGAAACAUUCUCUAAAGAUGAUGAUGAUAAUAAUUCAUCUGUAUUUUCACCUGAAUCUAAUAAUAAUAAUAAUAACAAUCCAUCAUUAUUCGAUGAUAAUCAAUUCAUUACUUCUAAUAGUAUAACUUAUAUGGAUUUAAUCAUUGCUCGUAUACAUCAAUGUAAUAGUUUACUCGGUAUCACAACUAUGUCAUUGAUGAACACCAUUAUUGAUCUACAUUGUGAAGAUGUCAUGUUCGUCCUUGUAUUAAAGUAUUUGAUUUCGGUUAGAGAUAAUUUAUUGAAUAUUGGAUGGACAUGGCCAGAUCCUGGUAGUGUAACUGAUGCUUCAACAAAACUACUCAAUUUAUCUUCAACAUCAUCUAUGAAGUUUAAUUUAGAUUCAACUAGAUUUGAUACGACAACAAGUGAAACGACAGAUCAUCAUCAUCAUCAUUCAAAAAGUUAUCAACACUACCAUGAACAACACCAACAACAACAAGAAUCUCAUCGUCGAAGUAACACUGUAGCCCAAUUAGAUAUUGAUAAUGUGGAAGAGCUUAACUACUCAUCAGAUCAAUCAAAUUCUAAAGAGUUACACAAUAAUAAUGAAGGACUUGAAGUUUUAGAUUCAAAAAAUGAACCCAUAGUUAUGCAAUUAAAUAAUCUUCCAGUUGGUAGUCAAUUUUUAGCUAGUCAUUUAUUAAUACCUCAUACAGAAUUAACAACUAAUUCAUUAAUUCUUAAUAAUAAUUAUCAAAAUGAUUUUCAAUUGAAUAACAAUAGAGAAGAUUAUAACAAACCUAAUUCAUUUCAUAAUAACGAUAAUUAUACUACGAUAAAUAUCAAUAAUUCUAAUGAUCUUGCACAACAAACAUCUAUUCCAGAAUUAUCUUCCAAUCAUUCAUCGCCUACAUCACCACCUUCAAUUACUUCAAUGUCCAAUAAUGAAUCUACUACAAUCAAUUCACCAAAUUCAAUGCUUGAUUGGUUAUCUUACACAUCAUGGGCUCAUCAAACUAUUAAAAUACGUAAACAUGCUUGUAAAACAUGGCAAUUAACAUUUGAUGCAAAUCAACCAACUAGAGAACAAAUUAAUUUAUUAAAUGAAAAUUUAAAAAAUUUACAAAUGACUGAAAAAGAAUUUAUAACACGUUUUCAAAAAACACAAAAAUUCUCUGAAUGUGAUUUUCGUAUUAGUUUAGAUCCGUAUAAAAUCUACACAGAGUAUAAAUGUUUUAUCAAUAAAAAUUGUUCUACUAAUCUUGAUGUAGAAAUGAAUGCCAAUGAAUUACAUGCGAAGGCGUUGUGUAGUGCAGCAAAAAAAUUGAAUAUUGACACAGAUCUAGAUUUAGAUGGAUCAGAGAAUUUAGAUGAUUGUCCUCCGAUUGUUGAAAGUAAUGAUCCAUGUGAAGAUCAAUCACAACAGAAACAACACACCUCUCAUGAAAAAUUAUCAUCUAAUCAACAAAUUCAUAAAAGUAAUGUGUCUGUCAGAAAUUCUGCUUGUAUGUCCAGUUCCAGUGAUUAUAAUCUUUGUACAAGUUUGAAAAAGCCUAAUGAAUCUUUUGAAAAUUCAACUGAGGCACUUAUUCAUACGAAACUAUGUGAUAAAUCUUUAAUUAAAUCAUGGUAUUGUCUAAAUUUUCCCGAUUCACUUGAUAUAAAUGAACAGUUGAAUAUAAACAAUACUUUUAAUGAUACUACAAAUACUACUAAAAUUGCAGAGAGUAGUAAACUUCCAUCAGAGGAAAUGUACCUGGAAUCACUGGUAAGUCAAUCAGAGUGCACAGAGCAAAACUUACAAAAUAACUGUAAAGAAUAUGUAACAGUUUCAUUGGAUUCCGACAACAACAACAACAACAGCACUAAUUGUUUAUAUAGUGAAGAAAAAUCUUGUGAAAUUAAUAAAUUUAUUGAAGAAUUAGAGAAUUUUUCAUCGGAAAACCUAUUGACCAACUUUACUGUACUUGAUAAAACACAAGAACAAGUAAUAACUGAUAAAAUGUAUUUUAAAAAUACCACUAACAUUAAUCGAUGCAAUAGUUUAUCAUGUUUAAAUGAUCAUACAAAUGAUACAUGUCAUUAUGUUGAUAAAUUAUUUAAUCGAUUCAAAGUACCAAGUUUACAAACAUUAUUACCAAAUCAAUGCAAUAAUCAUGAUCAAGAAUUGUUUGAAACAUGUAAAUCAUGCAAAUCUCAAUUAAUCACAUCGAUAUCAUUCAUGGAAAAAAUUUCCGAUGUAGAAUUUAAUAAAAGCUUUGAUCAAACAACACAAAGAGUAGAAUGUUUAACUGACAAUCAAUUUCACAAUUAUUGCCAUCAUCAUCAUCAUGAACAUCAUGAUAAUUAUUAUGAAAUGAAUUUUAAUCAUGGUUCAUUAAAUAAUCUUAUACAAAAUCAUUUCAUCAAUGAUAUCACUAACACUCAUGAUCAUUCGAAUAGUCUAUGUUCAUUAAUGUUAAUCCCGCCAAUGAAUAAUAAUAAUGAUCAAGAAAAAAUUCAACAAAUAAAUUGUAAAAAACAUCAUUUUUCUUUAUCAAAAAUAGAAGUGAAUGAUUCUUACAAGAAUUUAAACAGUUCAACAAUCCCAUUAACAACAACAACAUCGUUAGAAUAUAAUGAUAUGAAGUUGAAUAUUGAUAAUAAUAAUAAUAAUAAUACUCGUACUAGUACAGUUGAUGAUAAUACAGCUGGUAAUAAUUCCACUGAUUCUCCCAUAACUUAUCCAAAUUUAGGUCCAUUUUUAACUACAUUAUUGAAUCGUUUAGAAAAUUUCACAAAUAAUUGUUUUUAUGCUAAUCUCUAUUUAACUAAUCUCAUUUCUAGUCUUGCCUCUUAUCCUAUCCCAUUAUUACGUGCUAUUUUAUUCUUAACUAAUAAUACAACACCAUCAUUUAAUCAAUCCAUGAAAGAAUCAGUCAGCAAUGCACAAAUUAUUCAAGCAAUCAAUGAUGAUAUUUUAUAUUAUUUACCAUAUAAUAUUUUAUGUUUAAUUAAAGAACAAAUUGAAUUAUUCAAUGUAUUAUAUACGAAACAAAUUAAAUAUUUCGGAUUAUACAAUACAACAAUGCAUAAUUAUAGUUUUGAUGAAUUAAAACAAGAAGCACGUCGUUAUUUAAAUGGUGAAACAGUUGAUUUAUCUAAAUUAUCCAUGUCAAUGAAUAUAUCAUCAUCAACAAAGUCAUUAGAAGUCGACAAUAGAAAGAAAAAUAUUACACAUAAAGAAUCAAAAAAUUUUACAACUAAUAAACAAACUAUAUCACCUAUGAUGAAUUCGAAUAGACGGUCGUAUUUCCGGAAAUGGUUUAGCCUUUCUUCCAAGUCUAAUAAUAAUAAGAAGAAGAAUCAAAAUAUUAACAAUAAUUCUGGAAACAAUCUUAAAAAUACUAAAAACACUGCUAAAAAUCGUCGUAAAUCUUCCAACACUAAUGUAUUGAAUCCAAAAGAUUUACUUGAUUUCUCACAAAUUCUACAAAAACCAAUGAUAGAGUCUACUUUUCUCAUUGACUUAGAUAGUAAUUAUCAACAAUUGAUCAAUAUGUUAUCUGACAAGAAUACUACUACUAUUAGCGGUAGUAAUGAUAGUAACGGGAGUAAUAUUCAACAACGUCGAAGAAUUUUUCGACUGUCCACAAUUAAACGACUAAAAACCAAUGUCAAUACAGAUGAUAGAAUAAUGUCAAUGAUGAUGAUGAUGAAUACAGAAAAUUCAAUACUUGAUGUAUCUAGAAUACAAAGAAUGGUAUUAUGUGCAGUGAUAUUUGAAGAUUUUUGUAAAGAAUUAGCUGCUAUCUGUACAGAACACAGUAUACAAUGGUAAUAUAUCUAUCUACCUCAUCUCUUAAUGAUGAUCAGCUUACCUUGUCAUUUUUUUUUGUGGACAUAUGCACAUUAAAUUAUACCAUCAUGUAAACUGUUUUUCUAUUAAUCCAAACACUGAUCUUUCCACUUCAUUUAUUUAUAUAUUUGUAUGUUUUUUUUGUACUUACCUUGAAUGUUUUCUUUUUGAAAAAAACUUGAUUAAUAAUCGUUUUAGAAAAGUAUACUUGUCUUUUUUUGAACUAUAUUUAUUAUUUCUGAAGUCAGAUCAAUAUCUAUUAUAUUUUGAAUAGAGGAUGAUGGUAAAAAAGUAUGUAACUGUAUAAAAUAAGUAAUUUUCUGAAAUAUAGGUGAUUUGUGUUAAUAACUGUCUUUCAUUGACUAUAUGAACUUCAUUAUUGUUACUAUUAUUCUUGCUAUAAUUAUUAUUAUUAUUAUUAUUAUUAUUAUUGUAUAUUAGUAAUGAGUGGUAAAGGGGAGACCAUUAAAUACAUAUCAGCAGAGGUAUAUAUAUAUGCAUCCAAAUAUCCAUGUAUCCACUUUCUUGACUUGAUCAUUUCUAUUGUUUUAUUUAUUUAUCAUAGCGUGUUUGUUGAAUUUACUUUGUGAGUUGGUUUAUCUGUUGUGUUAUUUACGUAUUUGGUUUUUUUUUCUUUUUUUUCCUUUGUUGUUGUUUAGUUUCUAUUUUUUUUCUUUCGAUUAGGUUUUGUGAAUUAAUCUGUCUCUAAGAAAAUUUCAUUACUCAAAACUUUUGUGCAAUUAAUAUUAUGUCAAACAUAAUAAUGAUCUAACAGCUGGUUUGUUUUGAAAUAAAUAUUUUGAAUAAACACGAUAUUGUCG